GGAGAGAACAGUGAGAGUCAAACGGAGGGCGAAUCCAACCGAAAGAGGGGUCGAAAACCGAAGGAACCGAUUAAAGAAGAGGACAGAUAUGUUCCUAACACUGACUCCGCUAAGAGAGGAAUUAUGGCUGAAGGGAGCACUUCGUUGAGACGCAGGGAUCAGAUCAAGUCUAAGGCCCGUUACUCUCCGCCGCCAUUCGAUACGCCCAAAAGGGAGAGAACGGCCAUUAAGUUUCCGUCGACCACUUCCUCGAGUACUCGUUACGUAAAUGAGAGCGACGACGAAGACAUGGUGUCGGUGUCGCCCACUUUCAAACUCACGGCCGAUGUGUCGCCUCCGCGACGGAAAGCCAAUACAAAUCGCGCGAACAGUGAAUCUGUUGUCCACACCAUUGAAAACGUUGGCGUUUCGAAGAUUGGCGACGGAAGCAAACUUGUGGUCACUCUUCCCGACGGAACUAAUAUUAAAGUGGACGCGUCUACGACUAGCACUAAAAAGGUUGCCUUCAAAGGGACCAAAAAAGUAGGCGAAAAGUUGGAAUCGGUUGACAUUGAAUGCGACGACGCGGGCGCUAAAGCAGACCCAAUGGAUGACGACUAUAAGCCAUCUCGAGGUCGGAAGAGUACAGACGGCAAAACGCCCGGCGAUAAACCCAAAGUGAUUCAAACGUACUCUCGAGUGACUCCCAAACAAACAAUAUCGUCGCCCAAACUGUUAGCGAUAUCUCAAACACAAUUGAAGUCUCAGAUGAGUGGUCAGACAUCGGCGGCCAAAAUAACGCCCAAAUUUGUGACGACACCGUCGGCCCAACCGAAGAAGACUCCGGUGGCGACCACUCAACGCCGCACUACAACACCAAUGACUAAAUACAUCGACGGUUUGCCAGAACUUCACGAAUGCACUCUUGAUGUGGAGAACGACUCGCAGUUAACCAAAUUGCCGGACAAAAUACUACUCCUUCACUCAGAACUGCCACUCAAUCUGGCGCUGAGUGUUGAACACGAAGAGGAGUCGUUCCUAUUCCGGCAGAUCGUGUCGCCAAUGGAGCCGAACCGAUACGUGUGUCUGCUUUGCAAAGGCAUUGACGUGAGCUAUGCGACCAAAGAGGAGAAGGACAUUAUCUCUCACUACCGGACGCUCCACGAGUUGGAUGUCGUGACGGCGAACGCCAAGUUCUCCGAAGACAUUGUCUUCAUAUGUCUGCCGAAGACAAUACUGCAACAGUUGAAGAGCAACAACAACGCGAUCCCAUUGAACGCCCCCUGUCAGUACUGCGGCGAUGAGGUCAGACUCAUUAACAUCGAGAACAUGAAACAGCACUACUGUCUGGAGCACAACAAAGAGGUAACAAUGAUAGAACAGGAAGAGAUCCUUCGGAUGCAUCUCUUCUUCUAUUGCUCGCAAUGCAAACAUCAAUCAAAAGACUUCGAGUCUCAUCACAAGCACAUGAAAGACGAGCACAAAUGCAAGUCAUAUAAAUGCAAGAAUUGCGUCCUCAUUACGCAAGACCUGACUCGCCUCAAGACUCACUUCCGGGCCAAACACAUGAUUAACAAUUCCACUCAGAAUAUGCAGUGCUAUUACUGUCACGGAUUGCUUAUCGGAAUCGAUCGCCUCAAUAAACACAUACAACAGUCUCAUAUGGUUCAGACCGGACCCACAGAGUUCUCAUGCGUGGCCUGUCUUAAGCCGUGCGGUCGCGGCAAAGACUUGCUAACUCACGCCCAGUCGUGUGCAAUGGCUGGACAUAACAACAGGGAUUCCAAAGACAAAGACGAGAAGAGCAAACAAUUGAUGGCCAAAUCGGAGCCCGUGGAGGGCGAGGCCGCCAUCUGUUUUCUAUGCGGCGAUGAGUUUGAGAACAACGAGAUAUGUCUUCUCCAUCAACAUCACGUUCACAUGCGAUGGGUGUCAGAUCUGAGACGGUAUACCAAUACUACGGUUACCGCACAACUCAUUGACCCGCCGUUAGUCAAGGAGCUGACCAUCGAUGACUUGACGCCCGAAGAAGAUCUUAGAAAAUCAAAAGUGGACACAAUUGUGGGUCAUUGGUGUCGAAUGUGCGACCAAAUGGUGAAAGUGUAUCGUCUUUUCUACCUUCAUAUGGCUAACUAUCAUAAACUGAACAAAGAGUUUCAGUGCAAUGUCUCCAACUGUAAGGCACAGUUCACUUCCGCCGAAGCUUUUCACGAACAUAUGAUUACUACGAAUCACACGCAGAAGACUAUUAUCACACAUCCCGACGAAGUGUUUGUCUGCGCCUAUUGUGACCUAUACUUUGGUUCCGAUGAGGAUUUAGUCGCUCAUCUCAUAACCGACCAACACAUCAAUAAGUUCACAGCUUCGGGUCAUUUUCAUCGGACAGAACCCCGCAAUUUCAAAUGUAAAGCCUGUCAUACGUUCUUCGGUAUGAAAGAGUCAUACAUUCAUCACUUGGAGACCGAACCCCAUCAAUACGCCUGUCCUUACUGUGGAAUAUCGACCGCAACUCCCAGCUCCCGACGCGCUCACAUCCAGAACACACAUCAGGAUAAACUUCAGAUCUGCGAGGAGUGCAACGAACCCCAGAGCGACGUUUUGGCGCAUUUUGUUUCCCAUGGAUUUGCAUUUGAGUGCAAAAAAUGUAUCAAAAAGUUUUAUAAUAGGGAACAGUUGAACGCACACAUGGAAGUACAUCAGGACCCCAUUGUCUGCAAUUGGGAGGACUGCGGCCGAACCAUUACCACCCGUUCAAUGCUUGUCACCCAUUAUAGGGGCCAUAAGAGCGAAUACAAGUGCAGUGUUUGCCAACAAGCGUUUUGGAACAUAAAUAUGUUGAACAGUCAUCAGCGCUCCCAUCAAUCCAUACAACGAGUUGCCCCUCAGAACAUCGCCCCUCAGAAACCAAUGCCGGGCAGACCCUCGGCUACCAAAACACCAAUCGUUCAAUCGAUUCCCCAUAAGCCCGACGGCCAGACACCCAUCAAAUUUCCGUCUCCACUGAACGCCGGUAUUAAAGGCAAAGCACCGCAAUCUUUUGGCCAGAAGUUAGGGUCACCUCAAGUGAGUAAUACAGUCAUUAAGUGUGGCCACUGUUCGUCGUUAUUCAAGAGCGCCAAAGACUUGGCCGGACACAAGUGCGUCAAAACUGUCAAACAAGAGGCCUCUGAAGACAAACAACUGGAACUGAUAGCACAGGCGGCGACGGCCACUACUGUUGCCAAACCCACUCCCAAAUCGCCGCGCAGUCGCUCGCGAGCGCCUAAAAAGACAGUUCAAACUCAACAACAGGCGCCUGUCAUCGACUUGAAUGCGUUGACCGCCGCUCAGGGAAUUGCCAGCCAAUCAGAAGACGGCACUCAAGUCAUUAUGAUAUUGAAUCAAGAGAGCGGAGAACUGAUGGAGAUAACGGCGCCGCAGGGAAUGGCUGUUUCCGAAGUAAUCAAUUCACUUAACUUCGUUCGGCCCAACAUAUCAGACGUGUCGACCAUUUCAUCGAACGGCACAAACGCUGUGGCCUUUGAGCCGCAGGACAUUCAAGUACAACACGAAGACAGCGCCGCCCUCUCAACCAUUGUUGGCCACCAAUUGCAGGACACGUCGGGCGAAGUGGGCGGCGGAGAGCAGACUAUUAUGCUUCCGGCCAACUGUUUCAACGAAGACGGGUCGCUCACUCUGGACGCGGCCACUCUCGCCAGUCUUAAUAUGGCGAUCGGCGGCAAUGGAGAGAUCACCGCCGAUGGAAACACCACUUUUAUUAUUGACACGUCUAACAGUCGAUAGACAUUGGAUUUGCAAAAACAUGAGAAACAUAAUAUUUUAGCAAAUGAAGCGAAAAUUAAUACAUAGUUUAAUUCAGUUUUUGCCAAAACGACUGAACGAUAUAAUGGAUUCGGACAUAAAUACAAC